CAGCGCGGCGCGGCUGCCGGGGCUGUGCCCCGCCGAACGCGCACUUGACCGGAGGCGACUGAGAGGCUGAGGAGGGAGGGCUACGGAAAAUGUGUUGUACCGGUCCGGGGACCGCUUUUCGCCCCGUUCCUCGUUCGGGCACCGGCGACGCUGCCGCACCCGCCCGCCCCGGGCUCCGAGGCCACGGAAGCCGCCCCGGGUUUUGCGAAGAGCAGCGAUGAAGAAGAAGCUAGCACUCUCCGAGAUGCAGUUGGUUCUUCUCGUUUUAUUGGUGUGGCUACCAACAAGAUCGGUGCUGGCUGACUCCCUGGAAGAUGAAGCUAAGAAUAACAUCACCAUCUUUACAAGAAUUCUAGACAGACUUCUGGAUGGUUAUGAUAAUCGCCUCAGACCUGGAUUAGGAGAUAGUAUUACUGAAGUCUUCACUAACAUCUAUGUGACCAGUUUUGGACCUGUGUCAGAUACUGAUAUGGAGUAUACGAUAGAUGUGUUCUUCCGUCAGCGAUGGAAGGAUGAGAGAUUAAAGUUUAAAGGCCCAAUGAACAUUCUUCGACUGAACAACCUAAUGGCCAGCAAAAUCUGGACUCCAGAUACAUUUUUCCACAAUGGGAAGAAGUCAGUGGCCCAUAACAUGACAAUGCCAAACAAGCUUCUACGAAUCCAGGACGAUGGGACACUCUUGUACACCAUGAGGCUUACAGUCCAAGCUGAAUGUCCAAUGCACUUGGAGGACUUCCCUAUGGAUGCUCACUCGUGCCCACUUAAAUUUGGCAGCUAUGCAUACACAACUUCAGAAGUGACAUACAUUUGGACUUACAAUGCUUCAGAUUCAGUGCAAGUGGCACCAGAUGGCUCAAGACUGAAUCAGUAUGAUCUUUUAGGCCAAACAAUUGGAAAAGAGACAGUUAAGUCAAGUACAGGUGAAUAUACAGUAAUGACGGCUCAUUUUCACUUGAAGAGAAAAAUUGGUUAUUUUGUCAUUCAGACUUACCUCCCCUGUAUCAUGACUGUCAUUCUGUCUCAAGUGUCAUUCUGGCUGAACAGAGAAUCUGUACCUGCCAGGACAGUCUUUGGAGUAACAACUGUGUUGACAAUGACAACACUGAGCAUCAGUGCUCGAAAUUCACUCCCCAAAGUAGCAUAUGCAACAGCUAUGGAUUGGUUUAUCGCUGUUUGUUAUGCAUUUGUAUUCUCUGCAUUAAUUGAAUUUGCAACUGUAAAUUAUUUCACAAAACGAGGAUGGGCCUGGGAUGGAAAAAGUGUAGUGAAUGAUAAGAAAAAAGAAAAAGCAUCUGUCAUUAAGAAAAACAAUGCCUAUGCAGUGGCUGUUGCCAACUAUGCUCCAAAUAUUACCAAGGACUCAGUGCUACCAACCAUCUCCAAGAGUGCUACAACUGCAGAACCCAACAAGGCAAAACCAGAAGCGAAGCCACAAGAAGCAAAGAAGACAUUCAACAGUGUUAGCAAAAUUGACAGAAUGUCUAGAAUAGUGUUUCCAGUCUUAUUUGGUACUUUUAAUUUAGUGUAUUGGGCUACAUAUUUAAACAGGGAGCCUGUCUUACUUGGCUUUGCACCAUCAACCUAAAAGCAGACUUGCACUGAGGACCUCAAGCAUCAUUCUAAUCAGAUAGGUUGUUCGCUAUGUACAGUCCGACUAAUAACUGCUAAUCUGUGAACCAUUCUGUACAGUGUGUAUAUAAAUGUCUUGUCUGUGUGUCUCCAAAGGAGGGACACAGCAUUAAUUCAUGGGUCUGUAAACAGAUAGCACCCAUGGCAAAUACAGCCAGCUCUUUAAAAGUUAAACCCAGGGGACUUCUGUUAAACUAGGAUUCAAAUAUACAGAAUUAUAUUCUCUCCGUACAAUGAGAUGAAGAUGUGAUCCUACAUAAUUAUCUAGGAGCAGUAUUUUUUUAAUUUAAAGUUAAAAUAUUUUUCUAUAAAGUAACUAAUUCUACUUUAGUGAAAGAAACUGUCAUUUAAAAAAGUGAUUUUUUUAAAAAGGUGUAAUUGUUUCAUACAAUAGCAGUACCCAUGUACAUAACAGAGUACGGAGGUCAUACAGUUCUGCUCUUCACAAACAUUCUGGAUACAAGUUAGAUUGAGGAGGUAGUAAACACUACUGUAUGGCAAAGGCCACGAGUUUCUUAUUUCUAUCCUCUUUGAAGUUAUUAAUAAAUUCAUCUAACUGAUUUCAGGGAAAAGGGUAAAUCAAAUUCAAUAUCAACCAACUUCUGCUAGUGAGAUACUUACUUUUUCACUAUUUAUUUGAUAUUACUAAGCUGGAUUGUCUGGUUCAGAGAAGCUGGAUUUUUUUAAAAUUAUUAUUUUUGCUUUUGUUCUUAAUUGAAUUAUUUUCAGAUUUCUAGAAUCACUCAGAAAUUUUUCAGGUUUAUCAGUAAUAUAAUAUACUUUUUUUCUUUGCUUAAUGUUUUCCUAAAUCCUGCCAUUACAAUAUUUACCUGUAUUUGUCCCAGGAAGCACUGUUUUCAAGGGAAACAAGAACCAUGAUUUAAGUUCAGGAAUAUGUCCAUAUAAUAAAAUUUACUGCUGCUUUUGUAAAUUGCAACUUUACAUUUCGCUGACAUAACUUUACAACAACUUUGUAUACUAGAAAUGAUUUUGCUAAGAUUUGAAUGUUAUUUUUUUAAUAAAAGGUCAUGCAUCAUCAGGCAUCAACUGUAUUUCAUAUACACAAAUAUAACAAAAUUGGAUCUGCCAUUGGCAAUUUUAUAAGAACAUUUAAUACUAUCAGUAAAAUUGUUUUUCUUCUGAGCCUUUGCAAAGAUUCUUUAUGCCCCUAAAGGCCUGGUAAAUCAUAGCAUAAAUAAUAACUGUGUACUGUAUUUAGAUUUUAGUAUACUUGGCCAAUCAAAAAUAUUUUGAUUCACACAUACAUUAGCAGUUAUUAGUUGACCUUUAAAAAAGAAACACCUUUAUGAUGAUGUCUUCUAGUAGAGACAUAUGUAGUCGUAUAGUGUCAUUUAUUGCAGUUUUGUACAGUAACUUGAGUAUAGUGCAUAAAAUAGAUAUGUUGAGAGUUUAAAAAAGUUGUACAAAUAUUUCUAAAAUCAAAUAAAAGAGUAUCUUAAGACA